AGGGGAAGGUGCAAUAACGAUAUCUUCAAACAGCACAACUACUUCCAGCUCAAAAUCAUCAGUAAGCAGUAGCCUGCAGCAGAGCACUAGAACUAAAACUUAAGUCAAAACAAAACAAAAAACAUAGAACUUAAAAAGGAGAGAUUAAAAUGAUAUUGUGAGGACAUCUCAAGCAUUUUAUCAGUCUUCUCUGAAUAUAGAGCAUUAUUUCGUCUUCACCCAAAAGCAAAGGAUAUUCCAAAAUUCUGCACUGAGGACGCAUUUUUCCUCUGGCUGCAUAUCCAGUCAAAUCAGCACCACACUCAUUUGCCAAAGGUCCAACCAUCUUUUAAUAGUGAGAUGGGUGUAGCUGAGAAAAUCUUUUUUGGUCUUUUCUUACCAAGUGUUUGGUGUAAAAGUUUCCACAUCAGUCUGCCAGAGAAGAUUGAAGCUCUGAGUGGAUCCUGUGUGCUCAUAGAGUGUGCAUUUGAGAUUGAAGAAAAAUAUGACAAAGACCUUACUGAGAGUGCUGCAGGAAUAUGGUUUAAAGAUAAUUCUAAAAAUCCAGUGUUUAACUCCAGAACUCCCAGUGAAAAACACUUUAGAGGGAAACUAACUGGAAAAAUAGAAGAGAAGAACUGCACCACUAUCUUUUAUGAUGUUAGUUCAAAUCACGAUGGAAAAUAUUACUUCAGGAUUGAGGGUAAUGGUGGACUGAAAUAUAACUAUCAAAAACCCGAUGUCACUAUAAAUGUCAUUGACUCUCCUCAUAACCCCACAGUGAAGUUGUAUGUGGAUGAGAAGGAGGUGCAGAGUCAGCAGGAGGUGUUGGAGGGGAGCUCUGUGUGUCUGUCCUGCUCUGCUGAGACUCUCUGUUCCUUUCCUCCAGCAACUCUCACAUGGAGCUCCACUUCCAGACUUCCCUUCAGUCUACAGGAGAAGCAGAAUCAAACUAAACUCAUCUCUCAUCUCAACUUCACUGCUACUCCCCUUCAACACACAGUCACUUUCACCUGCACUGUCACCUACCAGCUACAGAACAACAACAAAACAGCAAAGGAGUCCCUAAUGCUACAUGUUCAGUACUCCCCAAAAAACACAUCAGUGUCUGUGUUUCCCUCUGACCCUGUGUUGGAGGGCAGUUCAGUGACUUUGAACUGCAGCAGUGAUGCAAAUCCAGCAGUGAUCAACUACGCCUGGUACAGAGAUAAUGGAGAAGAGUUGGAGCAGCUGUUACGACAGACUGGGGACACUCUCAUCUUCAAUAAGGUCAUCUCAACACACAGAGGCUGGUACUACUGUAGAGCUCAAAACCAACAUGGCACCCAAAACUCAUCAGUGCUGCUUGACGUUCAGUAUUCUCCUAAAAACACAUCAGUGUCUGUGUUUCCCUCUGACCCUGUGUUGGAGGGCAGUUCAGUGACUUUGAACUGCAGCAGUGAUGCAAAUCCAGCAGUGAUCAACUACGCCUGGUACAGAGAUAAUGGAGAAGAGUUGGAGCAGCUGGUACGACAGACUGGGGACACUCUCAUCUUCAAUAAGAUCAUCUCAAAACAGAGAGGCUGGUACUACUGUAGAGCUCAGAACAAACAUGGCACCCAAAACUCAACAGUGAUGCUUGACGUUCAGUAUAUUCCCCAAAUCUCCACUUCUUCCAGCUGUAACAUAACUGAUGUAACCAUGUGUUUGUGUGAGGUUGAUGGGAAUCCCUCUCCUAUAGUGGAGUGGCAUCUGUCUGGACGUCCUGUCACUAACUCUACAAUCAUGUCCAUCAGUGAAGAGCGAUUGAGCAGCACAGUUUUGAGGAGCUUCAUCACUCUACAUCACUCACACACACACACAUCCAGUCUGCUGUGUGUCACCACCAACACUCAUGGCACUGCCAAAAAAAUAUUUCAACUGAAACAGACUGCAUCGUUUCAAAUGGACUUUCCCUCCCUGAUGAUUGGAGCUGCUGUAGGGGCUACAGUUAUGGCAAUCUUAUGUAUCACAGCACACCUGUACAAAAAAUGGAUCUGCAAGACUAGACGGGAAGACAAAACAGGACUUGUUCUGUCUGAUGGGGCUGUUUCACAGGAGAAUGAUGGGGAGUCUCUUUAUUCCAAUAAAGUAAUGCUGUCACAUGUUGGAGCCGCCAAUAUGAACCAUACAGAAAUGCUUCAUUAUUCCUCCUUUGACUUCAGAAAUACCAAACGGGAGUCAGCCGAAAUUAGGGGCGUCUCCUCACUUACUGCUGACUACGCCGUGAUCCGAUAUUGUCAAACCAAUGGCACACGGUGAGGCAAGGAUCAGAGGAGAUCCAAAACAUGAAUUUACCACCCAAUACCAGGUUGAUCACAAAGCAGCAACAGAAGCACAGCUGGUCUUAAGUGCAGACGUAGACGUAAAGCAAAUGGAAUCAAAGAAAAAUGGAGUAGCAUUGCAGACAGUCUCAGAGAAAACAUCUGACAUUUAUUCACAAAUACAAAAACCUCACCACCGAUAGAGAUCACAAGAACUAGACCACUACAUUUAGCAUAAUACUCAUAAAUGUAUAAUAAAGCAAUAAGACCCCCUAAAAACCUCUUGUGGCAUUGGGGGCGUGGUCAUGUGUCCGUCUGCGGGAGCGAGAGAGUCGUAAGGCUCGUCACCUGGUUCAUAACUGCCUCUAACACCUGUCUCUCAUUAUUUUGAUGGAGGAGGGAGACUUAAAAGGCACGUUAGAGCACAGAGAGGGAGAGAGAGAGAGAGAGAGAUUUACGAGCAGCUGCCCGACACAUUUGUGUGUUUGUCUUUUUGUUUAAGUUUUUAAACAAUUUAUUAAAAUAUCAUUUAUAUUGUCAAGCCGGUUCUCUUCCUUCUUCAGCAGAACACAAAUGAAAAUUUCUAGAAGAAAAUCUCAGAUCUGUAGGUUCAUACAAAGCAAGUUAACAGGGUCCAAAACUUUGAGGCUCCAAAAGCACAAAAAGGCAUCAUAAAAGUAAUCCGUUAUACUCCAGUGGUUAAAUUCAUGUCUUCAGAAAUGAUAUGAAAUGGAUGGGUGAGAAAAUGAUCAAUAUUUAAGUCCUUUUUUAGUUUAAGGGCAUACUCACACUAGUAUACUCAUACUCACACACUACUGUGCUUACUGCCUCGCUGGCCUGCCUUCACAUUGCACUUAAUGUUCCGGGCCUGAGCAUGAUUACGUUAUUACGAUGCAACUUUUUGUUUUGAAGAAAACAGGAAGAAAAGAGCUCAGCGCAGAGCACAAUGGAGUCCAUCAUUGUAAUGUUAAUUUGUGGCUUAUUUUCAGUCAAUUGAGGCACGGUGACACAUGGCCCUCUCACAUGCCUAAUUGUAGACAGCAUCGUACUACUGGAAUUUAUAUUUUACGUCUGAUGAGAAGCCAGAUUUACGUAGUGCAUCCCAUACCUUCAUA